AUGCUCCGACAGUACACCCCACGAAGCAGCGAAAAAGCCGGAGCACGUCCCUAUCAGUCCGGCCGGACUGACUUUUACCGAUCUGCCCUCGAACUCCGCGAGAUGAUCUGGAAACUAGCACUUCCCGGGCCACGCGUUUUCAAUGUCGAGAGCUCGAUUUUCAGGGUCGAUACGAAGAAGCACAGGGUGGAUGUGAAGAAGCAGUUGCUGGGCCGGACGGCGCUGAAAACGCCGCUGGUCCACGUCUGCUACGCGUCGCGCCGAAUCGUGAAGGAAGCUGGUUACGUCCUCGAGUUCCGUGAUGAAGACCAGCCCCAGGAUCCGGGCGUAUGGUUCCAUCCUCUACGGGAUGUCGUUAAGAAGACUUGGGAGAAGGCUCUCCGGGGGCCUAGGGUAAAUCCCUUCGCCGGACUAGAAUAG